AUGCAACUGAGACCCGACAGUUGUACCCUGCCCCAAGGGCAGAGCGUGGCGGCAGGAGAGACAUUUUUUUACUGCGAGCACGAUAAGCCGAAAGUAGAGACGUCUUAUCGCAUACGCCUUAUUUCUGGCACAUCAAACCCUGCCCUAUCGGAAAGUGUGGCAAAGUUUCUGAAUAUUCCUCUCUGCAGCACGGACAUCAGCUGUUUUGCGAAUGGCGAACUAAACAUCAAGGUUAUAGAUGACGUGCGCGGCGAUGACUGUUUUGUCAUUCAACCCACGGCUGGAAAUGAACACACUGAACUCAACACAGCCAUGAUGGAGCUCUUGUUGCUGGUGCACACACUGAAGCUUUCUUCUGCUAAACGUAUCACUGCGAUUGUGCCGUAUUUUGCAUACAGCCGUCAAGACAGAAAGUCAGAGCCUCGCGUGCCUAUUUCAGCAUCAGCAGUGGCACAGCUAAUACAAUGCAUGGGCGUGGAUCGUGUGGUGACGUUGGACUUGCACUGUGGCCAGAUUCAAGGUUUUUUCCGGAAUAUGCCCGUGGAUAAUCUUCUUAUGUUUCCUGAAUUUGCAACAUAUAUAAUGAGACAACCGUGGUUUGUAAAGGAGAAGACGGUGGUGGUGUCACCUGAUGCGGGCGGUGUGGAACGCGCCAACGUUUUGGCUGAUCGCAUCGGUGCUAGCCACAUCGUAACAAUCCUUAAACGACGCGUGGAGGCUGGCAAGGUCGACUCCAUGCAGACCGUCGGCAACGUUGACGGCUACACUUGCAUCAUCGUAGACGACAUGGUGGACACGGCAGGUACUCUCUGCAAGGCAUGUAACCUGCUGAAAGAGAUGGGGGCGGUACACCUGGUGGCCUGCGCCAGCCACGGCAUUCUGACGGAUCCAGCGUGCGAGCGCAUCAACAACUGCAGCGCAUUGAGCGAAGUCGUUGUGUCAGACUCCAUUGCGCAGGGCGUCAACUCCCGAAAAUGCAGCAAACUGACGGUGCUCACCAUAGCGCCACUACUCGGAAGGUCCAUCGACAACCUUCACCGUGAGGCAUCGCUGUCCUCUCUUUUUUCAAAGGUGGGAACCCCCCAAUAA